AUGGCCUUGCCAGCAAGGUGGGAGAUGGCGGAUGCCUAUCAAACACACCCGGGGAGCGCCGCGGGGGCCAGCGUGCGCAGCGCCAGCGCGCUCCAGGUGUUGGCUCUCAAGUUUAUCCGCGAGGCUGGCGUCGUGCCCAGCACGGAACUCUUCGGAGUCGAGAUGAACUGCAUGCGGCAGGACUGCUUCCUGGACAUACAGGGGCAGCUGGCUGUGUUCGUCAUCUUCCGACUGACGGUCCCGUCGGCCACAGGAGCGCCGCAAGUGCCUCAGGUGAUGAACUUGAUCGAGUAUUUCUGGCCGAAGCUGAAGCGUGCAGUACAGGCAUGCUGGUGCCACGGGGUGACCGGGGAAGCUCGGUCACGGCACGUCCCAGGAAGGCAGGACGCAGAGGAGGGUGACAGCAGAUGGGCGAUCAAGCUACUUCCCCGUCGGGCUGGCGCUGCCGCCGCGCUGCCGUACCCAGAGGUUUCUGGAGGCUUCCAGAGGUCCCCGUGGGUGGUCAUGGCCACGCUGCUGGGCACCCUCCUCGAGAUCUGGAUUGACCGGCAGAAACUGCUGCAAGACAGCCAGCGGCCGCUGCCGGUGAAAGCCCGCGCCAACGAGCCGUGGACGUCCGCCUUCGAGGUGUUUGGCUUCGUAGCGGCCUCCACCAACGUUUUGCUGCUGAUCUUCGAGCAGUACACGAACUUCACGCUGACUGAGAAGCUGACGCUCUUCGUCUACCUGGAGCACCUGCUCUUCCUGGCGAAGGUCAUCACGAAGAUGCUGUUCCCGGAGGUGCCCCGUAACGUGCAGCUCCUGCAGUUGAAGCAGGACGACGAUGGUACACCGAUGUCUGGAGAACAUCAAGGUCGAGCCCCACCAGGACGGACCUCGCCGCACUCCGCGGGCACCGUAAGAACGACCCGUUGGAGGUGCUCGAGCAGGACUACCUCGAGGAGGAGGACCCCGAGCCCACGCUCUCGCUGCGCGACAAUGGGACCUCCGAUGACGAUGUACGCGGGCAUGCUCGACGCCAUGAGCCUGUCGCGGGACGGCCGCAGCAGGAGCAGAGGCGACCACAGCCGAGAGGCGCACAGCCGCCCCGAGUCGCAGUCGCAGAGCCGCCCCGAGAGGGAGCAGGCGCAGAGCCGCCCGAGCCGCCCCGAGGCGAGCCAGGACCAGGAGGAGCAGGACACGCCCUGA